AUGGACACAAGCCCGGGGGAUCACAGACACGGAGAGCUAGGUGUCUCCAAGGUGCCUGAUCUACCAAUCCAAAUGGCCAUCCCAUACACGCGACGAACGCCCUCCCUCCCGUCAACUGAGUCCACCCUGGCCCCUUCGCAAGUACAACAUCAACCCUCCUCCUCAACGCUCGCAAACUCCCACACAUCUCCCCUAAGAGCAUCCCCUGGAUCAUCGUCACGGAGUAGAACCAUAUCGAGCGCUUUCUCACUCGGAAGGAAACCUACAAAAUCUCGGAAAGCAGGUGGAUUCCUUCUCGAUACUGCCACCGUGAAUGAUGGGGGUGAACGGGAGACACAUAAAGAUGCGAGGGAGUUUCAGGGAGGCUAUGGACAUCGGGGAUUAGGAACUGGGAUAUCCAGUCUGGAGCCGUCAAUGAGAGGCUAUAGGGGACCGAUGGCACAGGCAAACGAAGAGCUAGUGACGGAAGAUAGCGAUACAGCGAGAAUAGUCUCGCUUGCUUUAGCGAAUGGGGCUACUCGGAAGGUUGAGACGAGCAGAGUAGCGGCACAACACAGGAACACUUCUAACAAUAUGUGGGCCCCUGAAAUUGGUAACGGUGUAGGUGAUGGGAGGGAUCGGUGGCUCAGCGCGUCGUCGACAAUGUUUGGACAGCCAAUAAGUCAAGGAAAUAUCCAUGGGAAAGCCCGUGCAGUUUCUCCGAAUCGUGGGUUCUUAAUGACCAGCAGUAUAGAUACACGGCGCUCCGUCUCAAUCGGCGGCCACAGUUCUGGAAAUGGUUCACGAAGAUUGUCACCUUUAAAUCCUUCAUCCUCACCCCCACCUGCACCAGGGCCAGUGAACCCGCGACAAAGUUAUCCUAGUCCGAUAUCGCCUUUGCCAUCAGGUUUCCCAUAUCAGCAGUUGCAAAAACAACGAGGUUUGCAGGAACAGCAAGAGCUUCGCGAACUACAAAGACAAUAUAAAUUCACCGAAGCUACAAUCCAGCGGACUUUAAAAGCGAAGCGACAACUAGAACUCUCAGAUCUCUACAAGAGACUACUAGAAAUCUAUCCGUCCUCUGAUAGUCCAUUAACAGGCUCGGCAAGGCACGGUAGCGUGGGCUUGAGCACCGGAAGAGUCUAUAACCCUCUCAUGUCAAUAAGAAAUAAAAGAAUUAGGAACCGAGAACGGAUUCAACUAGAUCUUUCUUCAUGGGAAGAUCCGGGUGCAGUUGGUCAGUGGGUUGAGGAUGUAGCGGUGGCCGUUCACGACUCGAUGGAGGCUGGACACGUGAGACCACCGAGACUUCCGCCUCCGCCACAGCCAAGUAUGAGUGUUACAAAAACGAAAAGGUCACGGUUAGAUUGGGUUAUAACUCCGCAAGAAUUGCUCGCAGAGUUCUAUUGGAUCGAAGAAGCGGAUCGAUUGCGGCGGGAGGAGAUACAAAGGAGUGAUGAAAGAGCAGAUAAAAUACGUAAAGAACAAGUUAAAGGCAGUGGGAGUCAUACGAGUCUCAAGAGCUUACUCGAGAAGGAGCAUAAGAAACAUAGAGGCUCAUUCGAGCUCACUCUUAAGAAGCGGAGUUUGCGGAACCUAGAGGAUGAGGGUGUAGACGGCCCUACUAAAAAAGACAGUAAAAGAAAGCCGAAACAAUCUGGAGAGUUCCACCAUUCACUACUACAACUUGGAUCCCAUCGCGAUGGGAGUGAGGACCUUGCGUAUUCAAACCCGCCGAGUUCAUCAGAUGAAAGUGGUCAUAGUAGUGAGAGUGAGGUCGAUUAUACUUCGGAAUAUUCAGACCUGGAGGUCGACAUAUCUGGGCCUGAGAUUGACGCUAAGGCAAAACGAAAACACCAUCGUCGCCGUCGAAAGCUAGGAGACAUCAUAACCGGUGGGAAACACAGCAAGAAAAAGGCGAAAAAGAAACGGGGCGAUACAUAUAUCUUAGAUGCCGAUGAACGGCGGAGACGGCAAGAGCAGGAAGAGCUGGAAUGGAUGGCAGAAAUGGGAGGGAGGAUGCAGGGCCCUAUUGCAAGGACAUAUUCCGCAGAUGAGGAGUAUGACUCUACUGGGAGGAAUGGAGAUCCAAGGAAACAAGAUCAUUCAAGGAUGGCGACAGCAAUGACGGGAAUGAGCCUACCGACUGCACUUGGGGGUAGCAAGAGCUCAUUAGAAAGAUAUGGGAACAUCACGGCACUGUCUGUAGCAGGGAGGAAAAGCGUCGACUUUGCUGAGGGGAGGGCCAAGAAGAAAGAAGAUGAGGGCGGGAAAGAAGAGAAAAGAAAGACAAGCCCGGCCAAGAAGCUCUUAGAGAGGGGCCAAGAAGCACUCGUGAAAGCACGGGAGGGCAGUUUAGAUCGGCGCAGGGAAAGCUUGGAUAUAGAUGGUCCAGUGCACAAAGGAGCGCUCAAAGACAAAGAGAAGGAAAGCAGAAAAAAUCGUCUAAAGGGCCGUGUUGAAAAGAUCCGAAAUGAGGUGGGCACCAAAGUUGACCACUUUAUCUUCAAACGAGACCCAGGCGGAUCCGCACAGCCUAGCCCUACAGGCUCCAUAUUUGCAGAAAGUGUUGGCUCCAGGAGUGACGACGAUAGAUUUCGCCUGUCCAGGGAAAACACAAUUUCAGCAUCGGAACCGGAAGACGAAGGAAGGAGGUCUGGGAGACCAUGGGGGAGGUCCUCGCUUGAAGUUCCGGAUACGAGGAAGCCCACAAGGACGACGACCAAAUAUAAAAGUUCAUUUUCUCUGAGUGCGAUGCCCAGUAUAGCAUCGCCUGGUGUUCCUUCUUCUCCCAUUCUCGCGAAAUGGGCAAGCAAGUCUAGACUUAUGCAGGACGAUUUUGCAACAUCAGACGUGGAUACCGAUGAUGACCAAACUUCAAGGCCUUCCAGAUUAUCACCACCGGCGCAAGAGCUCUCAAGGGAUGCAUCCCCAGUAGGGUCAGUUAUCUUCCAAGCAAGUGAUAGAAGACGCAUGCCCCCAAUCGAUCGUUUCCGAUCAAUAGCACUUGAAGCCAUCAAGACACUACCCAAACAACCAGUUCUCGCAGCGGAAGACAUCCCUGGCCGCAAAGACACUCCAGAAAGCGUGGAAGAACCAGUGUUCGCGACACGCAAGGAGCUUAUGAUGGCAAAGGCUCAUCUGACCCGUUCGGGCAUCUUUGCGCGUGGCAUCACCACGAAACGGGCACGAGAUGUGGGCACAGCCACCAUCGUUGCUACUGCAAAGGAACAUAUGCUUUCCUCUGUUGCUGUAUCACGGGAUAUUAGCGCCGCAGAACAAGUAUUUGUGUGCAAAGCGAGAUCCUUCGCAGAUAGCACAGUUUCGGAUCUGCGAAAAUUGAUCGAUCGCAUCAGGGAUGAUAUUGAAACCGAAUUAGUGCCGAGUUUGACGAAUGUCGCGGAAUCAGCUGACGAGUUGAACGAGGAAAUGACAACAACAUGUACAUUGGCUGUCAAGGGGAUCAAUGAUCAGGUUGCUGCGAUAGCUAGGAGGAAACGGCGGCAGUUGAGAUGGAUAAGAAGGGGAGGCUACGUACUAUUAGAGUGGGUAGUUCUAGGAGUGAUGUGGUGGGUAUGGCUAGUUGUAGUCGUAUUGAACAUCUUCAGAGGUGUUUUUAGAGGAACAAUUGGGGCUAUUAGAUGGAUCCUUUGGAUUUGA